CUGAGCCAAUAUUUACGUACGCAUCACAAUUUUUAUUUAUCUUACAUUAGAGGAUUUAAUUACUCUCAACAAGGCACCCUAACCAUUCCGGAGGUAUGCCAAGACCUACUUUUUUCCUCCGAAGAUCUAUUUGAUGAAGGUGAAAUUGGCCGGGGGGCGUAUGGUUUUGUAAACAGAAUGGUGCACGCACCAACUGGAUUCGUUAUGGCGGUUAAGCGCAUCAGAUCUACACUCAAUGAGAGGGAACAAAAAAAUACUCUAAAGGACCUUGAUGUUGUCAUGAACUCUGCUAAUUGCCGUCAUAUUGUACAGUUUUUCGGGGCACUUUUCAAAGAGGGUGAUUGUUGGAUUUGUAUGGAAAUGAUGGACACUUCACUCGACAAAUUCUAUCGUUUUGUUUAUAGGCAUAUGUGUUCACGAAUCCCUGAACCAGUACUCGGUAAAAUCACGGUUGCAAUGGUAUCAGCCUUAGAUUAUCUCAAGACCGAACUUAAGGUCAUUCACAGAGAUGUGAAGCCAUCUAACAUCCUCAUCGAUCGCAAAGGCAAUAUCAAAUUGUGCGAUUUCGGUAUAUCUGGUCAGCUAGUAGACAGUAUUGCCCGUUCGCGCGAUGCUGGCUGUAAACCAUAUAUGGCCCCUGAACGCAUCCAUCCAAAGUGGAGUGUGAACGGUUAUGACAUCCGCUCUGAUGUAUGGAGUCUGGGUAUUAGUCUUGUGGAACUUGCUACCGGUCGUUUUCCCUAUCCUGCUUGGAGUUCCGUUUUUCAGCAGUUGGCCUGUGUGCUCAGCGAUCCGGCCCCUACUUUACCGCUUCGACUUUCAUUAUUACCACCACCCUCCUCACCAACACCGGCACCGUCUAUAUCAGCGGCACUAGCUGACCCUUGGGCUCGAUCUGCCGAUUACUCGGCUACUUCGGGCUCUAUGCAGAGUUUGCCCACCUCCCCGUCGACGGCGACACUGAUUGAUGCGGCAUCGCCAAUUGGAGUCGUCGCUCCCGCUCCAAUGAGUAACCUUGAUCAGUUGAAUACUGGAACAAUUACAUGCUCUCGUGAAUAUCCGAUCGUAUCUGUGUUGAAUGAAUUGUGCGAUCAGGCUACGAGUGCUGACCAGCUUGUGCUACGACAGAGAAAGGCAGUGCCGUUAGCUGUAAAAAUUGAAGGCAGCAGUGAAGAUGAUUUUUCGCCCGAGUUCCGCGAUUUUGUUUCUCAUUGCCUCGAGAAGCGAGUGAGGGAUCGACCUAAAUAUCAUGUCCUUAAGCGGUUAGGCCAAUGA